UGUAAGGGACCAACCAGAAAGUGGUAAGAACCUUUCUGACCCAGAAUUAGUAGAUAGGGAUAGAGCCCUCUGAGGUAUGAUGAUGCUUCUCUUGGACCAGGAACCCUAGAAGCCUUGAACCCAUGACCUUUCUGAUCCCUGACACUGGUAAUCCUCCCAAGUAAAUAGAGCGCAGUAGAUCCUCCCUAUAGAGAUUGAGCUCUAGGCAUGCCAGAAGUUGUAGUAAUACCUUACCUUUUGUUGUUCAGAUCAGUCUUGUUACUCACCAACAUGGUGAUGACAUCAUCACCACUUUCUGCCCAUAAAUAAUCUACCCACUAAGCUGUGUCCUUGAAAGAAUUGAUGUCUGUGAUUGAAAGUGUUGCAGAAAUUUGAAAGAUUUAGUGGAGAUUUGGAGAAAGUAAUGUAUCUGUCCUUCCUCUCUGCUAGUCUUACCAGCCUCCCUAUUGUGUCCCUCAAUCCCUUUUUCACAUAAAACAUGGCCUAACACCCACUUGUGAUGUCAUAGAUAACCACUGCAAUAGUUGAAUCGUGAACGUAGCUAGGAAUUAGGCUGCAAAAACGCUCCUGACCAACUGUGUCCCAUAGCUGCAGCUAAACUUGCAUAAAACAAGUGUUUAGAAAGAAGGUGGAGAAAGAAACUAGCCUUUUAAAGGCCAGAACUUAAUAAAGGCAAAAUAAAAAGAGUCAAGGAAACUGGAUCCCUAAAAAGUGACUGCUAUGGCCACAAACCAAGUGGCCUGCCAUCCUAGGACAGGUCUAGUCUCAAUACAUGGUUUUGAUUAAGGAAGACCCUAUAGAGCAGCAGAUUUAAGGAUUCAAGGCCACUUGGACUUUGCGUUCCAGUUGGAGAUUAGAUGAGGGCAGAGCAAAAGAAACAGCACAGGGUUUGGUAAUUUGGGGAGGCUUCACAUUUUUCUUUCCCUUCUUUAUCCACAGAUAAUCUGGGGUGGUGCUACCCUACUCUGAUGAAUAGGCCUAAAGGGUUGAGGUGUAGGGUUAGUGAUAUGAGAGUGAACACUCACUAUUUGGUCCUGUACAUGAUCUUAGGAAGUCAAUUCCAGUGGUUUCCUGCAAAUGAGAGUCACACACUCACUCUGUACCACUCCUCUACACCUAAUACCAGGCAAUCUUAGAAGUGGAAGUGGAGAAUGGCUCUUGAGAAGAUUGUCCUGGCUCAACUUCUCAAUGCUUACACUAGAUAACUUCAAGAAGAGUCCCUGGGGGGACCAUGGCCAAUGCAGAGUCCUCGUUGCCCACAGCCCUAGGCCUGACCACAGAUCCUGGCACAAGUGAGGUGGAGCUGGACUGCCAGUUUGAUGAGGAGUUCAAGUUCAUCCUGCUGCCUGUAAGCUACGCAGUUGUCUUUGUGCUGGGCCUAGGCCUCAAUGCCCCUACCCUCUGGCUCUUCCUCUUUCGCCUCCGACCCUGGGAUGCAACGGCCACCUACAUGUUCCACCUGGCCUUGUCAGACACUUUCUAUGUGCUGUCGCUGCCCACCCUCAUCUACUAUUAUGCAGCCCGCAACCACUGGCCCUUUGGCCCUGGGCUCUGCAAGUUCAUCCGCUUUCUCUUCUAUUGGAACCUCUACUGCAGCGUCCUGUUCCUCACCUGCAUCAGUGUACACCGCUACCUGGGCAUCUGCCACCCGCUGCAGGCACUACGCUGGGGCUGUUCACACUUUGCAAGCCUUCUUUGCCUGGCAGUUUGGUUGGUCGUAGCCAGCUGCCUUGUACCCAACCUGUUCUUUGUCACAACCAGCACCAAGGGGGACACCAUCCUGUGCCAUGACACCACUCGGCCUGAGGAAUUUGACCACUAUGUGUACUUCAGCUCAGCAAUCAUGGGGCUGCUCUUUGGCGUGCCCUGCCUGGUCACUCUUGUCUGCUAUGGGCUCAUGGCCCGGCGCCUGUAUCGGCCCUUGCCAGGGGCUGCCCAGUCAUCUUCUUGUCUGCGUUCUCUCCGCACCAUUGCUGUGGUGCUGACUGUCUUUGCUGUCUGCUUUGUGCCUUUCCACAUCACCCGCACCAUUUAUUACAUGGCAAGGCUGUUGGAAGCUGACUGCCAGGUGCUGAACAUUGUCAACGUGGUCUACAAAGUGACUCGGCCCCUGGCCAGUGCCAACAGCUGCCUGGAUCCUGUGCUCUACCUGCUCACUGGGAACAAGUAUCGACGUCAGCUCUGGCAGCUCUGCAGUCGUGGCGGCCCCCGGCCCCCCAUGGCUGCCUCCUCCCUGGCACUGGUGUCCCUGCCUGAGGAUAGCAGCUGCAGGUGGACAGCCACCCCCUAGGACGGAGGGUUCCCUACCCCUAGGGCAGGUACAUUGUAACACUGGAAGCCAGGAAGUGAGAGAAAAGGGGGUGAGUGCAGGGUAGAGGCGACGGAACCUAGUAGUGACAUGUGAUGAUAUGGCUGCUUCCUCCUCUUUUCCAGGCCCUGGAGAGAGGCCCUCACCCUGAGGGUUAGAGGAAGCCAGGGAAGUCAUGUGUGAUGCCCAUAAACCCUUCAGCUGGCCUCUCCUUUUUAGCCAAAGUGGGUAGCAGCCGCUCUUCCUCCUCUACUUCUUUCUCUUUGUUUCUGUCCUCUUCCUGGGGCCAUUUGUCCUGUUUCUUGAUCCUAUAAGCCUUCCUGGAAAUCUUCCCCAGUCCUCCUUCCCCCUCCCUUUUCCUGCACAUCCUUGUGUAGCAUGUGUUCCUCCAGACCAGAGCAUUCAACUGGAGGGGUGGAGAAGCUGAAGUAAUCUCAGGAUUGGCCUGGCUUAUCUGCUGGUGAUAGUCAGAGUCAGGAAGUGGGGGCAACAGUAUAUCACAGAUGCCAAGGAUGUGACAUAUGUAGCAACCACACCCACUUCCUAGUUUCCCCUCAAAGACAGGAUAGCCUUGCCUACCAAGGUGCUAAAAUAGGGCACAAUCCCAGACAGCCUGCAUGUCAGGGUCCCCACAUGCGUCUGGAGGCAUGGCACUGUUGAACUGGUGUAUAGCCACGAGGUAGAGAGGGAGCCCUGCGUCAUACCAUGGGGCGGGGGGACCCUGAGGAGCCCCAGGGGGUGGGGCCCAAGCUGAUAGCCUUUGGACCAGAAAUGGGGAUGGACCUCCUUUACGAUAUUUGCUGAGAGCAUAUUUGACAGCUCUCAUACUUAAUGAAAGGAAGAGGGGAUGGCUCAGAAUGAGAGGGAGGAGCUCUUGUGUCUAUGGCUGUAAGUUCUGGCACGAAGGGGUGGAGCAGGUUUGUGCAGUGGUUGGGGUGGUGACAGGGAUCGAUGCCCAGAGCUGGCUCUGCACUGGCCUCUCCCCUUUCUCUAGCUUCUGCCCUAGAUACGUGAUAAAUCUGUAACCAGCUGUUGCAGAUCAAGCUUUAGGAUUUCAAGGCCAGGGCAGGGAACUGGAACUGGACGGCUCCCCUCAGAGUCUCCCAUCCAGUCACUUCCCACCAGCGUGGUCUUAGUGCUUAUGGGCUUAUGGGAGUUGAUGGCGGGGGGUGGGGUGGGGGCGGCAGAGUAUGGAACUUGGGGAGCUAACCUCCAAGCCUUGGGAAAUAAGAGUUUCUGAGCUGGCAUUUGUGAGAAGGGUGGGCUUACACUUCUAGGCACCCCUUCUGAAAUCACCUUCUAGCGCAUUGGUCUCCUGAGUCUUCAGCCUUCCCGUUUUUUUUGCCCUACCCUCGCUACCCUUGCUGACCUGUCUCUGAUCUCUUACUUGCCUAUUUGCUGCUAAGGGGUCUCUCUGGAGAGGAAGGUUGGGACUGGUCUGCAGGAACAAAAUGACUUCAAUGCCCUAAGUGCCUCUUUGCAUUCUUUUAAGUGCUCCCUCUUCCUCCCUGGAUAUCCAGAACCUGCCUGUUACCCAGGACCCCUUCUGUUAGGAGUAAAUGAACUGACCUUCUUCUUAGUCUCCCAAUCUCAUGGCCACUGCCUAGACUGUUACAUACCCUGUUCCUCAUCUGCACUCUCUCCUGUGUAUUCCUGUGAUCGCAGCCUCCUUGCCUAUCAUCUCUCCUACCCAUCAGUCCCACCCAGUAAAGCUGCUCUCUCCAUCACAACUGACCCAGCCUCCUCCAUUUCUCAAGUCCACUUAGCUUUUUUAUGCUUAAUUGAGACUAACUGGCCAGACUUUGUGGUCUGCUACUUUAGGGCUGCCUUCUCUCACAUUCUCACUUUAAUUAAAUGCCUUGACUUUCACCUUAGGCCAAUCUUCUUCUGUCUCCUAGGACUGGAGAAGAUAGCAGAUGAAGCCAGAGGACAAGGCUGGCUUGACCCACUGAAACUUCGUCUUUGAACUUCAUCUAAGCCCCCAUUCCUCUUAGCUUGCUGACUUCCUAGUAAACAUUCCAGGGCAACUGUUUCCUGUCUUUUCUGCCUUCUCAAGGCCCCAACUUCAUCCUACCCUAUGACCCCUUAAGAGUUACCUUGCCUCCUGCAAAACUGAGAUCUAAUACCUCAACUUCUCUCUGCUUCAUUCAUGUUAACUCUACUUCUAUAUCCAUCUUGUCUUUCUCCCUUUCUUCCCUCCAGUCCCAGAAUAAGAGGUGGCCCUCUUUCUAGUUCCUUUGUUUAUCCCUCUUCAUCAUUUUCAGUCUCUUCCAUAACUGAUUUCAUCCCAUCUGUAAAAAAAAAACCCAACUAAACAAAAAUAAAGUGUUACCACUAUUACCUUGACCCUGCUAUCUCUUCUAGCUACCCUUCUAUUCAUCUUAUUCAUUUCAUUGUCACAUUUCUAGAAAGAGUACCAUAAACCUCAUUUCCUCACCAGAGUCACCCCCUUAACUCUCUGAAUCUGGUUUCCUUCCUACACUUUUCUGUACCUAUAACACAAAUGACCUCAUAAGGAAGACCUUUAAUGGUCUUUUCUCUACCUUCAUCCUCUUUGACUUCUCUACUUCACUUGACCCCGUUGCAUGUCCUCUUUAAAAUUUUUUAUAAAAACAUUAAAAAAUUCCACUAUGACAAUAUCAAAGGAAAUUUUGAAAUAAAAUAUUCAUCUAUACUUCUAAACCCUAGACAAUUGCUUUCAUUUUUCCAUGUUCUGUGCUUUUUCAAUUUGUAUUAUAUAUAUAUAUAUUUUACAUAAAUGUAAUCAUAGUGUAUGUAUAUCUUAAAAUUCUGCUCUUAAGAAACUUUUUAUUGUAAAUACUCUCCUUGUGCUACAGUCUUUCAUGUUUAUCAUUUCAGUGGCUGCAUAAAAUUACAUUUUUGUAGGCUAUAUUUUAUUUGACUGUUCCCCUAUUAUUGGGCAUUUAGAUAACUCCCAAUUUUUCUGUGCUUUGAACAUCUUAAUGCGUAUGGCUUUUUUCUUCUUUGUAGUUCUGUUCGUAGGACAAGUCUCCUGGAGUGGGAUUACCAGAUCAGAGCAUGAACAUUUUUAUGGAUCUUGAUUUCCAAAAGGACUGCAUAAAUUUUCAGCACCACAAUAAUACAUGAGUGUUCCAGUUCCCUUGCAGCUCUAGCUUGGACUUUAUAAGAAAUCUUUUUGGAUGGCUUAAACACUAUUCAUCAAUUUCAUUUCCUUGAUACUCAUGGGAUUAAACACUUUCCCAUAGGCUUACUAUUUGCAUAUCCUCUUGUGUGAACUGUCUGUUCAUAUCCUUCUCCAACUGACAUCUUAGUGGUUUUCUUAUAUAUCUAAACAUAUUCUUUUUUUUUUUUCUGCUUUAUCUCCCUAAAUCCUCCCGGCACAUAGUUGUAUAUCUUAGUUGCACGUCCUUGUGGUUGUGUCAUGUGGGACGCUGCCUCAACGUGGCCUGACGAGCAGUGCCAUGUCUGCGCCUCGGACUCGAACCGGCGAAACCCUGGGCCGCUGCAGUGGAGCACGUGGACUUAACUGCUCAGCCACGGGGCCGGCCCCUAAACAUAUUCUUAAUGUAUUUAACAUACAUGUUAACCCUUUGUCAUAUUUGACAUAAAUAUUUCUUCCAUUUAUUGUAACACUUUUAAUUUUAGUUCCCUAUUUUAUUCCCUUGCUUUAAAAUUUCUCUCCUCCUACUUUUCUCUCUCUUAUUACUUCCUCUCUCUUUGCUGGCUUCUCUUUCUCUUUUACUCACUAAGUGAACAGAGGUCUGAGAUCUGUCAUAGUCAUAGCAUUUGGGGAUUAUUUAAUUUCCUCUCCCCAUCUGAUGCUUGAUUUUCUCUUGGAGACAACAUAUAUGCACGUGAAUACAAUUCACUUGACUCAUAGUCCUUGAGAGUACUUGUUAUCUUAGGAAUCUUCUGGGGCCUGGGCACACUCUCACUUUACAGAGGAGGAAACAGGCCCAGAGAUGACUUACCCAUGACUUAGUAAGUUAGUAGCAGAGCAGAGAAUAGACCUCAGGUCCCCUGGCUCCCAGAUCUCCUUCCACUACACCAUGUCAACUCAGCUCUAGGCCUGACCUUCUCCCAGGUUCCACCUUGAUAUCUUUAAUUGCCCACUGAACAGUUUCACUUGGAUCUUCCAUUGUUACUUUCAACCCAAGAUGUCAAAAACUAACCUCCCUGAACCGGUUUCCCUACCUGUCUUGCUCAUUUCUGUUCAUGGCGUCUUCUUUCCUCAAGUCACCUAAGCUUCAAAACUCUCAGGCAAAUUCAACUCUUCUCCCUCCCUAUUUCAGGAGAUUCUAACCAUUUCUUUUUUCAUCAUAUCAAUUACAAUUGACCUUCCCUUAUGGUCCCAGUGCUACCAUUCUAAUACAAACUCUUGUCACCUGAUCCUCGACUGACUGUCACAGCCUCCUAACUGGUCUUCCUUACCUCCAGUCUCUCCUCACCUGAAUGCGUCCUGUACAAUGUAUAUUGCCAGAUUGAGCAGCCCAAGGACUGCUUUCACAGUUUCAUUGUCUUACUCAAAACUCUUUCAUGGUUCCUUAGCAUCUUCAACACAAGUUGAAAUCCUGCUAACUCUUACCCACAGUGACCUUCCUGGUCAUCUGCAAUAAUUAUUGUCCAUGUUAGUCAUUUGACACUUCCUUGUCUUUUUUUUUUUUUAAAGAUUGGCACCUGAGCUAACAUCUGUUGCCAAUCUUCUUCCUUUUUUUUUCUUUCUCCCCAAAGCCCCCCAGUACAUAGUUGUAUAUUCUAGUUGUAGGUCCUUCUAGUUGUGCUAUCUUUUUUGUCUUUUGAUAUUACUUAUACUAUUAUCUGGAAUUGUUAUUUGACUCUUUAUAUAUGUUUGUUUUGAGUUCCCACCUGUAAACCCCGUGAGUUACUGUGAUCAUGAAAGAGCAUAGGACUGAAAAUCAGAAAACCCAAGUUUGAGCCCUGGUUAUGAAAGUGGGACUCAGGUGUGUCACUUGGGUGAGUCAGUCAGACUCUCUCAGCCACAAUUUCAUCAUCUGUAAAAUGAGGAUCAUAACCUCAGCUUUAAGUACUUCAGAUCAUGGUAAGGCUCUGAAAAUCUAGAGAGCUAAGCAAAUAUAAAUGGUUGUUAUUAUAUCAUCCCAUUUGCUUAAUAAAUGGUGCUUAGUAAAUAUUUGCUGAAUGAUUAUAUGUCAGUAAUUCAGUUUAAUGUUUCUUCUCCUGAGUAUAUUUCCAUGUUAAGAGGCCGCAGGAACCUUAACGAACCUAAAGAUCUAGGGGGCACUUUAAGAGUAGUAGAGGUAGGGAGGGUAUUAGAAAGAUGUUUUGAAGGAAAGUAGGCCUGUCCAGCAUCUCUCACAUCUCAAUACACUAGCUACUCACUACUUGGCCUACUUGUAAGUCUAACCUGGAUGUGGAGAGGAGGAGAAGGUGGUACAUCUGAACUUUCACUUCCCCCACAUUUCCUACUACUUCAUCCCAUAGCCCCCAACUGGUUAGGCUAAAUGUUUUACCUAUGACUCUGUUUUUCUUCAUUGAUGUGAUGAAAGCCAGCAUUUUGGUGAAGGAAGUGAUAAGGAGUAGUAGAAAGAACAAGCAAUUUUAGUCAGAUAACCAGACGUGGCUUUGAAUCUUUGAUCUGCUACUCAAUAGCUGCAUGAUCUCAGACAAGUUACUUAAUCUCUCUGAGCUUCAGUUUCCUCAUUGGUAAAUUGGGAAUGGUGAUACCUGUUUGGCAGGGCUGUUGAGAAGUACAGAAGUAAUGGAUGAAGAAAUAUCAUGUAUAGUUCCCAUGGGUGGGAACCUCUUUUCAACAGUUCUCAACUUUAGUGUAGCUGGAUGAGGAGCCAGAAUUCCAGAUUUGGAUUUGGUGCUGCUUAGAAGUGAUAGUUAAGAUCAUGACAAAGAAUGAACCCUUGAAUGUGAGAAGCAGAAGUCUAAGAACUGAUCACUGAGAGAUGACCAUAGUGAUGGACUGGGAAGAAACAAAUUGGGACUCUGGCAUUGCAUCAAGGGAGAAGAGAAUUUCAAAAAGAAGGACUUAUAAAACUUAAUUUAAAAAAAACCUUUGAAUGAAAGAAAAGAAGAAAAAUUAAGAAAGUAAGCAACAGUGUCAAAUGCCUAAGGGAAUUCAAGGAGGACAAGACACUCAGAUAGAUAAUAAAAAUACUUGAUUCCCUGCCAGCCUGGAUCUAUGCAUACAAAAGAUAUUAGCCAAUGAGUGAACUAAAGAGGCCAAUCUCAAAUAGCUUUUGUAAUCAAGAACUGUUUACAUUCAUUUAUAUUCUUCCUUCCCUUCGAGUUCUUAGAUGCCGCUACCUCUUUCCAAAGAUUUCAGAAUAACUCAUUGAAUGGGUGACUUGCCAUACAUAACCUAUAGGGCUGUUAUUUCCCGUUUGAGCUGAGAGAUGGCUUGUCACCAAAAGAAGUGCAAAAAUACUUGAGUACAACCAAAGAAUGAGGCUGUCUGUGAGGGCACCUUGGUAUGUGUUUGAUUGCCAGAACUUAUGUAUUUAGGUCACAAGUGGGAAGAAGAAAAAUCAUCCCUCCUUGAGUCAAAGUGUAAAUUAUUAAAUGUGGCAACUGUCCAAGAGAAAGAGGAAGAUGAAAUCCUUCCUGGGAUUAUUACUGUACAUUGUGUACUAUGGUUUGAGGCCCUAGUAGUGCUCUUAGAUCUACUGAUGGGAAGGAGAAACCAGAUGUACUUGGAAAACUCAAGAUAAAAAUCAACUAAUGCCCUCUCAGGGGACAUCAUGCUGCUGGCACCUGCUCAAUCUGUGUACUUCUCACUGGUAUUUCACUUACUGUUCAUUGUAAGCCUCAUUCCCUUUACCUCCAAAGUGAAUAAAAUAUGUCUUUUUACCCAAA